AUUAAGCAGACUUUUAUCUUCAACAAGUCAAUUGAUGGAAACAUCCUAUACAUCUCUGCUGGGAAACCAUUACCUUAAUGACAGAUUUUAGAAUAUUCUAAUGUAAAUCCUUAUCCAAUCGGAUGAGAAACCUAGUUAGGUUGGGACCAAGGUGUUCCUGUUCAAAUUGGUAACAUCCUGUUUCCUGAGGGCUCUUCCUGAUAGGAAUGACCCGUUGCCAAGCAACCAGGGAAACCCACAAGACGAGUAACCUGAUUCUGAAGCACAUGACGUCGCUCCCAACUCUCCCAGAGAGGCUGAGACGAUAGCGUUACCGAAAUUAACAGAGAAAUACAUGUCCUCUGCUAGUGAUGAUGAUGAUGCUGCUUCUGAUAGGAAGAGCAGGAAGAGGAAGGUAUCGGAUUAGACUAGAUGCCAGGUUCUGGGGUUGUGUUCUACAGUCUCAACUAGACAUAUCGUUCAUUAGACUAGAUGUCAGGUUCUGGGGUUGUGUUCUACAGUCUCAACUAGACAUAUCGUUCAUUAGACUAGAUGUCAGGUUCUGGGGUUGUGUUCUACAGUCUCAACUAGACAUAUCGUUCAUUAGACUAGAUGCCAGGUUCUGGGGUUGUGUUCUACAGUCUCAACUAGACAUAUCGUUCAUUAGACUAGAUGUCAGGUUCUGGGGUUGUGUUCUACAGUCUCAACUAGACAUAUUGUUCAUUAGACUAGAUGCCAGGUUCUGGGGUUGUGUUCUACAGUCUCAACUAGACAUAUCGUUCAUUAGACUAGAUGUCAGGUUCUGGGGUUGUGUUCUACAGUCUCAACUAGACAUAUCGUUCAUUAGACUAGAUGCCAGGUUCUGGGGUUGUGUUCUACAGUCUCUACUAGACAUAUCGUUCAUUAGACUAGAUGCCAGGUUCUGGGGUUGUGUUCUACAGUCUCAACUAGACAUAUCGUUCAUUAGACUAGAUGCCAGGUUCUGGGGUUGUGUUCUACAGUCUCAAAUAGACAUAUCGUUCAUUAGACUAGAUGCCAGGUUCUGGGGUUGUGUUCUACAGUCUCAACUAGACAUAUUGUUCAUUAGACUAGAUGCCAGGUUCUGGGGUUGUGUUCUACAGUCUCAACUAGACAUAUCGUUCAUUAGACUAGAUGCCAGGUUCUGGGGUUGUGUUCUACAGUCUCAACUAGACAUAUCGUUCAUUAGACUAGAUGUCAGGUUCUGGGGUUGUGUUCUACAGUCUCAACUAGACAUAUCGUUCAUUAGACUAGAUGCCAGGUUCUGGGGUUGUGUUCUACAGUCUCAACUAGACAUAUCGUUCAUUAGACUAGAUGUCAGGUUCUGGGGUUGUGUUCUACAGUCUCAACUAGACAUAUCGUUCAUUAGACUAGAUGCCAGGUUCUGGGGUUGUGUUCUACAGUCUCAACUAGACAUAUCGUUCAUUAGACUAGAUGCCAGGUUCUGGGGUUGUGUUCUACAGUCUCAACUAGACAUAUAGUUCAUUAGACUAGAUGCCAGGUUCUGGGGUUGUGUUCUACAGUCUCAACUAGACAUAUCGUUCAUUAGACUAGAUGCCAGGUUCUGGGGUUGUGUUCUACAGUCUCAACUAGACAUAUCGUUCAUUAGACUAGAUGCCAGGUUCUGGGGUUGUGUUCUACAGUCUCAACUAGACAUAUCGUUCAUUAGACUAGA